AAUGCAGACGACACCGGAUGAUCCCGAAGAAGAUGCCGGAGCAGCGGGACAGCAUUGGGAGCCCCUGGGACAGCAUCGGGAGCGGUGAGGACGCAGUCCGGAGCGGCGGGGACAGAUCAUGGGCGACAGUGAUGACGAGUACGACUGUAGGCGCAGAGAAAAGUUCAGGAGGGAAAGAAGUGACUACGACCGAUCCCGGGAGAGAGAAGAGCGGCGCAGAGAUGACUGGAGUGACAGGGAAUGGGACCGCGGCCGAGAGAGGAGGAGCAGAGGAGAGUACAGAGACUACGACCGCAGUCGCAGCCGAAGAGAGAGGUUCUCUCCACCCCGACAUGAGAUGAGCCCCCCGCAGAAACGCAUCAGACGAGACUGGGAUGACCACAACUCGGACCCGUAUCACAGCGGCUAUGAUAUGCAGUACUCGGCCUCCUCGGGUGCCCCCUCUUAUGGUCCUCCUCAGCCCUGGGCUCACCCAGACAUGCACGUCAUGCAGCACCAUGGGAUCCCCAUACAGGCCAGACUGGGGAACCUGCAUGAUGUGGAUUUGGGGACUCCGGCUCCCAUCAUGAAGACCUUUAAAGAGUUUCUCCUGUCUCUGGAGGAUUCUGUGGAUGAGACUGAGGCGGUCCGCCGCUACAAUGAGUACAAGAUGGAGUUCAGACGCCAGCAGAUGCAGGACUUCUUCCUUGCCCAUAAAGAUGAGGAAUGGUUUCGCUCAAAGUAUCACCCAGAUGAGGUCGGGCGCCACCGGCAGGAGUCCCAGGCCGCACUGCGCAACAGACUGAACGCCUUCUUGUAUUUGGUGGAGAACAAUUGGCUGAAUGAUAUCCAGCUAGACAUGGAGAAGGUGCCCGCCAUCAUCAAAGUGCUGGAUGCAGCUGUUAUAAAGAUGGAAGGAGGAACGGAGAUUGACCUGAAGAUUCUGGAUGAGGAGGAGGAACAAGCGAAACGUGAGGCCGCCAAGAAAGAGGAGGUGCGGACCACCGAGGGGCAGAGCAAGCCCCCUGAAGAAAAGGAGGCGGCGCCACCACCUAAGCCGGAGCCUGAGAAGGAACCUGAAGAGGAAGAGAAACCACCGAAACCAGAGGAGGAGGAAGAGAAAAAAGUGGAGAAGGAGGAGCCGGAACGGGAGACCAGGAAGUCGACUAAGAGAAAAAGGAAGAGGAGCGGAGACAGUGAUGAUGGCAGUGACUCGGAAUCUGGGUCCGGGUCUGGCUCUGGUUCUGGUUCUGAGCCUGGAAGUCCAAAACCAGAGAGUCAAGAACAGAACGGGCGCGAGGGAUCACCCAAAAAAGAGGAGGAGGAGGAAGACAAAGAGAAAGAGAAGGACAAAGAAGACAAACCGAAGGAGAAGCCCAAGGAGGAAGUGGUGAAGCCUCGUCCACUGCACAAGACCUGUUCCCUCUUCAUAAGGAACGUGGCCCCCAACAUUUCCAAGGCUGAGAUCACAGCGCUCUGUAAGCGAUAUCCUGGCUUCCUGAGGGUGGCGCUGUCUGAUCCUCAGCCUGAGAGGAGGUUUCUGCGUAAAGGCUAUGUGACGUUCGAUCGAGGGGUGAACAUUAAGGAGAUCUGCUGGAAUCUUCAGAAUAUCCGGCUCCGUGAGUGUGAGCUGAGCCCAGUGGUGAACAGAGAACUGUCCUGGAGAAUCCGACACGUGAGCGGGAUCACACAGCACCGGCCCAUCCUGCGCAACGACAUCAAGCUGGCUGCCCGGCUCAUCCACGCCCUGGACGAGAGGGGUCAGCUGUGGAAAGAGACGCAAGACGGGGAGGAAGUUGCCGCUCAGAAUCCCAUCCUGAAAAAUAUCACAGAUUACCUAAUCGAUGAGGUGAGCGCGGAAGAGGAGGAUCUGCUGUGGGGGGCGGGAAGGACAGCAGGAACUGAGCCCCCGAAAGAAGGAAACCCCACAGAGAUCAGUGUGGAGCGAGACGAGAAGCUCAUAAAGGUCCUGGACAAGCUGCUUCUGUAUCUGCGCAUCGUUCACUCCGUCGACUACUACAUCAACUGUGACUACCCCAGCGAGGACGAGAUGCCGACGCGCUGCGGGAUCAUGCACGUGCGAGGACCCAUACCGCCCAAUCGUGUCUCCCACAGAGAAGUGACUGACUGGCAGAAGACAUUCGAGGAGAAGAUGGCCCCUCUCUUUGCCGUACGCGAGACGCUCUCCGAGGAGGAGGUGCUGAAGGUCGGGAAGAAGGACCCGGAACAAGAAGUGGAGAAGUUUGUUACGGCCAACACCCAGGAACUGGGCAAAGAGAAGUGGCUGUGCCCGCUAAGCGGCAAGAAGUUCAAGGGACCGGAGUUUGUCCGUAAACACAUCUUCAACAAGCACGCCGAGAAGAUCGAGGAGGUGAAGAAGGAGGUGGCGUUCUUCAAUAACUUCCUGACGGACAGUAAACGGCCGGCGCUGCCAGAGGUCAAACCCAUCCAGGCGCCCAUGGCUGGGCAAGGUUUGGCCCCUGGAUUGCUGUACCCUCACCAGGGCCCCCAGGCUCUCCUUCCGUAUGGUCAGCCGCGCCCCCCGGUUAUGGGGUAUGGAGGAGCGCCGCAGUUUCCCCCUAAUCCUUACGGUGCAGGAAGAGGAUAUGAUGCGUUCAGGGGCCAAGGGGGUGUCUACCCGGGCAAACCCCGCAACCGGAUGAUGAGAGGAGACCCCCGCUCUAUUAUUGAGUACAAAGACCUGGACGCUCCAGAGGACGUGGACUUCUUUUAACACGUUUAUAUUACACGCUGCCCCUCCCCCCCUCGCACUUCCACUCACUGCGCCCUCCUCCGCUCAGGUAUUGCCGCCUCUAUCCGCUGUUCCUUUUUUUUUUAUUUUUUUUUUAUUUGGACUGGAUAAUUGUGACAUUGGUUCUACUCCAUAAACAUCGGCUGAAGAAUUGCGUGGCGCUCGGGGGAGGGGAACCUGAGAAAUGACAACAACAUGGCGGCUGUGUGCACUGCGGCCUGGAGGAGUGUCACUCCAUCACAUGACUUUUUAUAAUAAAGCUGUAAAUGGAUCUGA